AUGAAUAUCGGCACUAAACAGUGGUAUUCUGAGUGCUGUGGCGCUGACUUCUGUAACAAACUAGAUCUUUCAGAACCCAGCACUAUUAUCCCCAAUGGAAAUAAAUGUUACUCUUGUAAAGGACAGAGCUGUACAAACACAGUGUUCUGUUCAGGGUCUGAAGACCGCUGCAUUACAGCCACAGGCAUCUCAGACGUUUUCAAAGGUUGUAUUUCUAAAUCUCUUUGUGAUGGCACAACACCGAUUCCUAAUAUUGUGGACUUCUCAUGUUGUGAGGGGAACCUGUGUAACGGUGCUCAGACUACCACCCCGAUUACCACCCCGAGCACCACCAUGAGCUCCACCACGAGCACCACCCCGAGCACCACCAUGAGCUCCACCCUGAGCACCACCAUGAGCACCACCAUGAGCUCCACCCCGAACACCACCAUGAGCUCCACCACAAAGGUCACCACGAGCGUCGCCCAGAACUCCACGUUUAACAGUGCCAAAAGUGUCUCCCAGAGUUUCCUGUUCCUCUGCUGUUCUCUGCUCUCCUUCUUUUUGCUGCACUGAAUCCAGCA